CACGAGCAUCGAUCUUGCCACUUUUUCUUUCGAACCGUUCUAUUUUGGUACAUAAUUCGGAGUAUACAUAAUCCCACACUACGUGAGUUUCUUUCCCAAGAUAGCAAGUGCAGACACUCUGUUUUGAUCCAAAACCCACACCACUCUGUCUCAGUCUCCCAUAUCUCUUCAGGAGAGUUGAUAAUCAAGGAUCAGCAAACAAUAAAUAUUCCCCGCGAUUGCUAAUCACUUCAACGUAACAAAAUCAACAAACAUAGUUUUCAAUGUUUGAUUAGUUCAUUGUUUUCCUUAAAAUACUGGUAGAUCUUCUUCCCUGUCACCUACCCUUCAAUCCAGGUUUGGAUUAUAUAUGCAUUUGUUUCUGAAAACGAGGUAUUGGGAACCCUGGGUUUCCGGGGGCUGUUGAGAUGGGCAGCUUUGAUGGGUCUAAUACCACUAAGGCCAUUGAUGCAUCGGUUGGUAGUUUAGUUUGGGUCCGCCGCCGUAAUGGGUCGUGGUGGCCUGGCCGGAUUUUGGGUCUUGAAGAGCUGUCUGAGACCUGCUUGGUUUGCCCAAAAUCAGGUACUCCGGUGAAGCUUCUUGGUCGUGAGGAUGCAAGCAUUGACUGGUAUAAUCUUGAAAAGUCUAAAAGAGUGAAGGCAUUUCGAUGCGGGGAAUAUGAUGAGUUUAUUGAGAAAGCCAAGGCUUCUGUGGCCAUUGCAAGUAAAAAAGCAGUAAAAUAUGCUCGAAGGGAAGAUGCAAUUCUUCAAGCACUCGAGCUUGAGAGUGCUUGCUUUGGCAAGGAUCCACUGGCCUUUAGUUGUAGAAUGGAUACCUCUGGCGAGCGUGGUAUUUCUACCCGAAACACCGCACUCAUGGCCAAUUCUAGUGAAGUAGACUUGACUGAUGAUAUGAGUGAUUCAAUGCCAGAAUUAUCUCAGUCAGGAAUUUCUUUCGAAGAAAAUUUGAGUUCUUCAAUGGUCCGAUCUAGUCAGAGUACGAGGAGAACUCCAAAUGACUCUGAGGAUGAUGGAACGGAGGGUGUAAAGCGAAUGAGAGGGCUCGAGGAUUUUGGUGUAGGUGUAGUGUCAAAAAGAAAAGUUCACACUGGAGGCGUAGUUGAGCUGGUUCGAGAAGAUAGUGAUGUAAACCGUAAUUUAAAUACUCCCAAUUGCUUGGCUUAUGAACAUCCUCCAGAUGACAGCAAAAUCAAUUCAUCCCUAUUUAAAAGAAAGAGGUCUGAAGUGUCCGAUGUUAAUGAACUCUCGAAAAGGAAAAAUCGACGUAGACCAUUAACACAAGUUUUAGAAAGUACAUCAAUGUUAUCUGUUUCUGUUGUUUGCAAUGAACUUACCAAUUCAUGUGGUUCACCGAUCGGAGGAUCGUCAGAUGGAAAGCUUUCUGAACUAGAAUCUAACGAGUCAAAAAAGAGUUCCUCUGCAGCAACGAACAAUAACUCGGACAGUACGGUAAUGUCUUGUGAGAAUAUGACCCCUACAAUUGCUCUUGAUACUUCUCAUUUUAAUAUCGAGGUGAAGGAUAAUGAAGUUUCAAGCGUUUCUGAUCGAGCUGAGAAUGAUAUUUCUGAUCAAUUAUGUCACGUGUCAUCCAGUGGGGACGGAAAAAAUCCCGCAGACCCAACAUUUUCCCCUAGGUGUGCCGUUGGUGCGUCGGGAAGACGAUCCAGCCGAAGUAGCCAAGCUGAACUCCUAUGUGUAAGCAAUGAACUAAAUAAUGAAUCUGGGUCUACUAGUUCUGCUGUUGCUGAUCCAGAGAGCAAUAUCAGUAAAACCAUAGAGAAGGGCAGUUCAAAAUGGCAGCAUAAGGGGAAGAGGAAUUCAAGACAUACAAAGAAAACUCCUACAAAUGAGACGGACGACAAGCAAAACACGUCCGGAGCAGCUAAGGAGCAGCUGGAUGGAUUCAACGUCGGAUCUGACCAGAAACUUGCUGAAGAUGGAUCAAAUGAGUUGGAUUCUACUCCAAGGUUGCUCCCUUUUCGCCGAUCCCGCCUUACGGUUCACUCAAAAUAUCAAAGGUCAGAAUUUUCGUUUACAAAACUUGGCUGUAAUGCUUCGCUAUAUGAUGUUGAGGUUAUGGUAAAAGCCAACUAUAGGCCACAGCAUGUUCCAUUGGUUUCGUUAAUGAGCGAGUUAAAUUGUAAGGCAAUUAUCGGUCAUCCGCUCACUAUUGAGGUCCUGGAAGACGGUCACUGUGACGAACUUUCGAGCAGAUCUGAACUUGAACCUCGGAGCGUGGAAAGUUCUCGUUCAGUGCAAUCAAGUUCUUUGAAAGGAAAAACGUCGGGCAAGCGCCAUGCCCGUGCAUUUCAGCCACGCCCUUCAACAGGCAAAGCGUUGAAGACGAAGAAUUCUGGACAACUAUCAAAAAAGACCAGGAAACUGUCUUCACUGACUGUGGAGAAGCAGUUCGUAGAUGAGAGCAAGUCCAAGGGUGCUUUUAUAGCAUGUAUCCCCCUUAAGGUAGUAUUCGGUCGUUUAAACGACGCAGUAGACGGUUCGGCAAGACCAAGAAUUGGGGUUUAAGAAUGAUCGUGAGUGAAUAAAUAGUUUUGUGUUUGCUGAAUUUGCAUGUUUCUCCUUCAAUAGUAAGAAAUGUGGGUAGGAGAAUGAAUGAAUGCUUUUGGUUUUGUAUAUAUGUAUUAUCACCUGAGGAAUGAAGAUGGUAAUGCCUAAUUUGGAGAACGUUUCAAUAAUUUAGGAUCCGUUUGAUAACAAUUUUGUUUUUGA